AUGCCAGUAGAAGUAGAUAAGAAAAGAGGUGUGGAGGAUGAAAGUAAGAGAAGUAGCCAGAAUCUGUCAUAUUCUUGUCAGCAAUUUAUGACAUGUGCAUUGCCACUUUAUCAUCAAAGAGAAGAUAUGGAAGUAAUGAUGAAUAUGUCAGAAGUUGACAUUGGGAAAGUAGACUUGAUAAACAACAUAUUAGAAGAAGUACAAAAGCAGUUGGAUCUCAUCAAAAGGACUGAGUUUAGAAGUGAGACUAGUUGUAAAAAACUAGAUGAUUUAGAAGAGUUACGCAUGCUAAACAGCUUAGAAGAAGUAGAAGAACGCAGAGGGAUGAUUCUGGCAGGAGCAUAUGCAAACAGAGAGUACCUCAAGAUACUAGUAGAGAUGGGGUUUGUAACGGGACUUGUUCUUGAACAUAACAAUAUAUGA